CGGCGCUUCUGCUAAAGUACCCUCGCCGCCGCUUGCGCCGAGCCCUUAAAAUUACGUAUUUUCCCAAAUUUUACCCCGACUUCAAAGUUCCAGCGAGUCAAAGUCCAGUAUGAAGCCAGUGUUGGCGAUUUCCGUAUUCCUAGUCUACGUACUCAAAUUAUGCUCUUCAGUGACCUGUCCCCCAGAAUGCAUCUGCCUCUCUCAGUCUCAGGUUCUAUGCAACACCGGCGGCCUGACGGAGAUUCCUCUCAAGAUGUUGCCUCCUACGGUCGAGCAUCUGUCCCUCACUAAGAACCACUUCCCGGUGAUCAGAAGUGACGCGUUCACGGGACUCCGUCAUCUCCGGAAACUGUCACUGGACGGGAACAACAUCACCACUAUAAAACCCUUCGCCUUUAGAGGUUUACCGAGGUUGAGAGAGUUGAGCAUUCAACACACCCCGCUCACUACGGUGGCGCAGUUCGCGUUCGCAGGGCUUCAGAACAUCACUGCUAUACUGCUGGGGCACAAUAAAAUACAAAAGGUGGAGGGAUACGCGUUCGCUGGAACGUCCAAUGUUCGACUGUUGCUUCUCAACAACAACCCGAUCCAGAAAGUAGAGACUUCGGCGUUCUCCGGUCUGACCAAUGUGGAGCAUCUUCUAUUGCCCUCUGGGAUCAAAACUCUAGAAGCAGACGCCUUCAGUGGCCUAGACUCAGUGGGACUUAUCAAGUUGCCAUUCAUGGACCUGCAAGCCCUCAAACCAAACACUUUCCGAGGUCUCAGCCAUGUUCACGUACUGGCCAUUCAGGAAUCUGACCUCGGCACUAUCAAGUCGGGUGCUUUCGACGGUCUUAACCACAUUGGCAGCCUGAACGUGUACAACAACAAGAUCGAUUCAAUUCAAGAAUUCCACAUCAAACCGAACAACAAAGUUAAGAUCAUCCGCUUCCAUGGAAACCACUUACUGGAGUCUCCAAGGGGGGGAGCAAUCUCUAUAGAGGGGGUGGAGACACUGAGUGUAACAGCCAACCACUUCCCCUGUGACUGUCACAUCCACUCCCUGCUGGACGGCCCCUUCGGCAACUCCACAGCAGGAGACUUCAGGACCAAGAACUUCUGCAUCUCUCCACUGGAGGUCAAUGGCAAAGCCAUCGCCGAGUUGGACGUCGAGUCUAUUGCUCGAUGUCAAGAAGAAGUAACCAGAGGAAACUGGGACGCUCCUUCUAGAGCAACGUCGUUGCCCACUUUGGUGUCCGUCUGUCUAACAGUGUUAGUGGCUUGUGGUGUCAGCUGACUGAGUGCAGUUUUGGCGGGAACAUAGUAAUAGUGGAGGGUAAAUUCAAGGAAUUACCUAGUAACUAGUUUGAGAGUGUACAUUUUAGAAAAUGAAGGAUUAUAAGGAUUUUUGUUGAUAGGUUUAGAACUCGUAACUGUGUAAAAAUUUAGCGGCCUGUGGGAUCAGCUGACUAAAAGUUUUGGCAAACAUAGUAGUAGUGGAGAGGGUUUCAAGGUACUACCAAAAAACUACUUUUUAACAGUGUUAAUUUUAGGAAAUAAAGUGUUAUAAUGAUUUUUGUUGACAGGUGUGGACCUGGGUCUGUGUAUGUAUCUAGUAAUUAGAAAGUGUUUAAGUGCAAUCAAGGUAUUUAAGAAACUAAUUGCGAUUUUGAUAUUGACUACAUUGAGAAAA